GCCUACUAGUUGGGGUUGCCCAUUGAACAGCAUUAAACACCUGGAGUCAUGGUCUGACAGUUGUCACACAUAGUAAUACACGUUUGGCUCCACAGUGACAAAUUUGUUUCCUGUGUAUCACCUGCUUAUGCACACUAUAUAAAAUGUAUUUAGUUUGGAAGGAGCACACACACAUUUAUACCUAUUCAUAUCAAACUGGUGUAUUGAAGAUUUAUUUAUAGUACCAAGCUCAUCAGGCUAAAUGGACCACAUAUUCCAGCCUGAAAGGCUUCAUACAUAUUCAUCUUGUACACCUGUAGCCUAAUGUAUUAAAUGGUUUGUGUUUGAAUUUUUCAACACUUGGUUUAUUUUUAAAUUCUUAAGUUUGAGUGGACUUGUAAUAAGAUGUGAUGGAAAUUGAUGAGUAAAUUAAUAAAAAUGUUUGCAAUGCAGUAUGAGCCAGAGUGACCUACUUAACCAGCAAGAAAAAAUCAAAACUGUAAAGCAGUUAGAGGUGUAUAAAGGCUUAGUAUUUUAUGCCAAGUUUCAACAUUAUCGUCUUGGAAGCUAUGCUCAAGCCUUAAGCUGCACAUCAUCAUCUGUCUGUUGUUUAAAAAAGUUUGAGUGUAUUUCAUCAGAAUCAGUAACAAUGUCUGCAACACGGAGUGCCCCUGCCUCUCCCAAAGGAAAGCACUGCAUUCAAAAAUCAUCCACCAUGCCUUCUGGUAAUGCUCAAGACAUGUCAUUUUCUUCUGAAAAGAAAUCAUUUGGUAGUACAUGGACAACAUUUUUUAAAAGAUUCUCGCCAAGAUGUAAGCGAAGCUCACCAAAACAAAAGGAACAACCGCUUGGUGUUGUAGAGUUUUCUCAGAGUAGUAUUGAAAGUCACCCAUCAGAUGUACAUAAAAGGGAAAGAAAAAAGUCCUUAGAAAUGGUCAUGAGAAGUAAAGAACAGUGUAUUGCUUCUUCAGAACAAGAAUGUACAACAAAUGUGGUUGUUAGUAGUACAUGCAGUCAAGAACAAAAAACAAAAUACAGACGGAGUGAUAUUUCUCACAGGAAUAUAACAACUAAAAUGUUUAAAUGUGGAAGUUGUCAGGAUCCAAAAAGAAGCAAGUCUGAUGUGAGUGAUCGGUCCUUUUUAGUAAGGCUGUCACCAAAGAAAUCUUUACAGGAUAUCAAAAUAGUUUUAAGACAAGGAGUAAGUAAAGGUAGAGAAGAGAGCAAUUCUGGAGAAGAUUGUUUGUCAAAAAGACGUGAGAAGGUGAUCCAGCUAGAGAAAGAGAAGUCGGACGUGAUACAAUUUCACAUAUCUCAUUGCAGCAAAGAGGACAUGAUUCAGAAGGCUUCUGUGGAGAGAGCAGAUAGAGAAACAAGCACAGUUGUAUCAUGUGAUGUCUCCAGUGGUAUAGAAAAUAGUGCACAUAACUAUGCACAAGAGACAGCAACUAAUGUUAAACCUCAGACAGUUUACAAGGCUUCACCAAGUCUCAGUGUUGAUGCUGGAGUUUACUUAUUACCUGAAUCGGGCUCUAGGUUUCGUAAAGCCCAGCCUCCACAGAGUUUGAAUCUGAGAAACAAAAUUUGUGUUCGGACUCCUCAAGUUGAAAAAGUAGCAAACAAGAUGGCUUCAUUAGAAUCAAUUGGUGCUUGCUCUCUUGAUAUGGAUGCCACAGGUAGUGAGUCUUCUGGGGCAGCUGAUAUGAAGGGUAAUAUGGCUCAGUCUGACCAUACUUUAAACAGCAUGAACGUAGCGGUGUCAGUGUCAUCAGGUACAAUUCAUAAAGGAAGAGGAGUCACAGAGGCAGUCUGUCCAGUAGGGGAUCAACUGAAGAGUGAUACACCUUUCUUAGUCAAUAGUAAAUGGGAAGAGACUAGUCCAAAAUUGCCAUCUUACGUGGGCAUCAGCUGUGCCAUCAAUGGUUAUACAAAUUAUAGUCGUUUCUGUCACAGUCGUGAUAAUAGCCCUGCUCGAGUAUUGGACAGUGCUCUGAGCCCCUGGAAAUGUCCCAGAGGAAAUAGUUUUUCCCAAAUUGAAACUAAAGAAACUGUACCUUUGCCAAUCUCUUUUGCUUUAAACAUGCAGAGUGACAAUAGGAAUAAUGUACUUGUAUAUGAAACUCACAUUUCUUCUUCAGAAACAUUUGUUGUACAAAAUGGUGAGAAAACACCUGCAUCCUAUAAAUCAACAGAAGAUGCUGUUAUAAGAACUGGUGAGAAGCCAUAUCAAGUAAGCUCAUCUUCAGGUGUUAGUGUCAAUGGUCAUUCUUCAGAUGUAGCAUCCAGAUCCUUUGUUCGUCAAAGAAUUGAAAAAUUGUAUGGAAAUACAGCUCUUGAGGGUUGGAUUGGUAAUCGAGGCAGAUCUAGGAUUCAGAAAUCUUCAGGAACUCCAACAGAAUUUAAUAUUCAAAAAAGCCCAAGAAGCCCUUCUUGUCCCCCUCAGACCACAAGAGGUCGCUCAAAGUCCCCCCCAGUUUUUCGUCAUUUGACUAAAGACUUCAAAGAGCAACUUCAAAUUGAAACUGAGGAAAGUUCAUUGUCACCAUUACUAAACAUUGCACUCCAACCACACGAAGGGUAUGUAAAGAAACAAGUAAUAUCACAUGAAGCACAAAAUUCUGAAAAUAAAGCUCUUGGAGAGCUCUACAUAGGAAAAGAUGGCUCAUCUGUAUCAAAAUCUUUAGAACCUACUAAGUCUUCUGUUUAUUUACAAAACAAGUGCCAAUCCUCCUGUGUAACUUCUCAUCCUUUGUCUACCCAGAAGCUUUAUGAACACUUAGAAGUCAGUUCAUCUGUUUCACCAAACAUUCCUAUACUAGAAAAUCCAACACCAGCAAAGCUGGAGCAGCUAGAAUCUCAUGAUGGUGAAUGGUUUCUUGCUGUCAUGGAGCAAACAAAACAACAAAUUUUAUUUCGUAUGACAGAAGCUGAACAUUAUCUAGAAGAGGAUGGCAUUCCAGAAGAUGGGGCAGGGAGGAUUCGGGCAGCUGUGGGGAAAGCUAACCUUCUACUUUCACAGAAAUUUGAACAGUUUAGGGAGUUGUGUGAAAAGAACUUAAAUCAAGACAUUACAGAGCCUUUCUCCACUACAUUGUCCGACUUGAGUGGAUUUUGGGAUAUGGUGAUGCUGCAAGUUAAUGAUGUGUUUGAUACGUUUGCUAAUUUAGAUAAACUACGUGCUAAUAAGUGGGUAGAAUUGGAGCUUCCAAAGCCUGCUACUCAGUCACGCACUAAACGAGCCACAAAACAUGGUGUGUCAAAGUCAACUCCUGCAAGUCCCCAACGCUCAUCAAAAGCUAUUGAAGCAGCACGUGCCAGAGAAGAAUCCAGGAGACGAUUAAUAGAGGCCAAACGCAAAGGACAAUAUCAUCACACUUCUAGUGAAAAACCUAGUGAAAUAUCUAUAUUUGUUUCCAAGGGUAAAAAUUAAUCUCAUUCAAGUUCUGAAGUACAGUUUCUGUUUGUAUUGUUAAAUAUCAUUAAGAUUUUUCAUUGUAUUAUAAGGUUGCUUAGUUGUUUUACAGACAUUUACUCAAACUUGAUACUCAUGGUGAAAUAUUUAAGUAAACAUAUCAUUUAUUAUAUUAGUUACAGCAGAUUAUAAAUAACAGUACCACCAUUUUAAAAAUUUGUUUUUAUAAAGAUAUUUGACAGUAAGAAAAUAGAAACCUAAUGUGUAUGAAUUUUGCAUAAUAAUAAUAAUAAUAAUUCAAGUAAAAAAUGUAUUUACCUAAACUUGUAAUAACUGUAAUUUAGUCUGUUUAAGCUUAUUAUGUUAUAGGCAAGUAUACUUCUGUAAGAAAUUGCUUAUGUAGAUAAAUAUGGCUAUAAAACCUAAAAUAUAUAAAGCCAAAGUUUUGUAACUUUGUCAGAUGUCUGUGAUGUAUAUGUACAGUUUGGGCAUAAUUUACAAAUUAAUAAAGUAAAACAGUAUACUUUUUUUUAAGCAAAAUUUUAUUUUGUACAUAUGUUUCAUGGAAAACAAGUUUAAUUCAAAAACUGAAGUCAUAGCUGUCUGUAUAAUUAUUUUACUUAAUUAAAUUAAUUUUUACUGGAUAUCUAAUGUUAUAA